AUGGAUCCAAAGACAAACAGCUUGGUCACCCCCAAACCCAGCGAGCCACUGCUCAAGAAAGAUUUCCUCCCCACCCCCACGAAAACGAACGAAAUCCAGAACAAUCCCCCAGCCGCUGUAAACAACACAUCAAAACCCAAUCAGCCUACAUCAAGAAACUUGCUGUCCAGUCAGAACAUGCUCAAUCCAAUCACUGCUAAGCCUCUGUCUACCAAGAUCAUGCAGGGUGUAUCGUCUGAUGAAAUCGAUGGGAUGAUUGAGAGAAUCAAAGCCGACAUCGAGCCCUUGUUGGGACGAUACCAAGAUCAGGAAAAGAGAAUCAAUACACUCAAAGAAUCAUUACAUCCACAUAUCCUAUCCACAAGAACGGCAGUCUCACAUUUGAGUCAUCUGGCAUCAAGGGCCAAAAAGACUUCAGAUCUCAUCGAUCAACAAUCGGGCGCAUUCAUCCAACUAGCAAAAGAAGACAUAUACAAGCAGAUCGAGUCGGAUUCGGUCGGCCGUGAGAAGGAUUUCAGUGAUAGCCAGUCGGACCUAUUGGGCGGGGAUCAACUCGAAUUAGCUCGCACAAAGCUUUUGGAAGCUAACAAGAAGCUCGAGAAACAUAUCGCUCGUCAAAGGCACUAUGAGCGGAAACUGGCCAUGCACCUUUCCACCAUUCGUCGGUUGAUUCUAAUUUUAUUGACGAUCAAGAUCUUCAUUGAUUUGAGGAUCUCGAAUCAAGUGAAUCAAUUCAUCAACGAACUAGCUCCGGUUGAGUACAUGCCUGCCUUUUUCGCUCGCAGUCUCAUUGGCAAUACCCAUCCGCCCCAAUCAACGGCAGCCCAUCACCAUUCCUCCACUUAUGACCAUCAGCAUCAGCCCAGAAAACGAGCAUCCGAUUUCGUUGCCUACUUGCUUUGGAUGGUCCUAAUCAAGUUAGAGUUUUUCUAA